AAAACGCCAAAAACAAAAUUGAUACUUUUACCACUAAUAUCACUCUUUCUCAUGUACCAAUACAAAACCAUUAUAAAAGUUAAGUUUUUCUAGGGUUAUACACACACUCUCUCUGUUCUGUCUCAUACUCAACCCCCCUUUUUUAUAAUCUCUCUCUCUCUGUUUUUUUUACACACAAAUAGAUUCACUCUAUCCUCUCAAGUUCUUGUUUUUAUAAAGUUUUACAAUUCUGUUUUCUAUUUUGCAUUUUUAAUUAUAAACCAUUUAAAUCUAUAUAUCUAUAUAAGGCUUGAUUCUCUGACAUGUGUUACAAUUGACCAAGAUAUGAUUUUGAUCAUUUGGGUAUAUAGUGAUGUGUAAAUGGGGAUCUGGGUUGCAUUUUAAUUCCAUGAUUGUUAAGCUUUCUGGGUUCGUCUAGCAAAUCUGAAAUAGUUUUUUUUUCAAGAAUUCUCUCUCUCUGUUUUUUUUUCCUUCCGGGUUUUCGAGUUUAAUUGAAGGUGGUUAAUGUUUCCUUCUGGUAUGGAUUUUGCCCGUGAAAGUGGUGGUGGUGGUGUUGCUACAGGGACAGUUCUUAUCCCAACAAGAUUUGUGUGGCCUUAUGGUGGAAGAACUGUUUAUCUCAGUGGUUCAUUUACAGGGUGGUCUGAGCAUUUUCAGAUGUCCCCUGUUGAGGGUUGCCCUACAGUGUUCCAGACAAUUUGCAGUUUACCGCCCGGUUUUCACCAGUACAAAUUUAUUGUUGAUGGUGAAUGGCGACAUGACGAGCGCCAACCUUGUGUGAGCAGCAACUAUGGAACAGUGAAUACUGUCAUGUUAUCAAGAGAUUCUGGUUAUAAUUCUGCAAUCCUGAGUCCACAAAUACCUUCUGGUUCUAGCAUGGAUGUUGAUAAUGCUGUCUUCCAGCGUUUGAUUAGAGUUUCUAAUGAUACGGCAAACGACGCUCUGCCUAGAAUAUCAGAAGCAGAAAUACAGGUGUCCCGUCAUCGCAUAUCUGCAUUCUUGUCUACACAUACAGCUUAUGAGUUGCUUCCAGAGUCUGGCAAGGUCAUUGCACUAGAUGUUGAUUUGCCUGUAAAGCAAGCAUUUCAUAUUUUGCAUGAACAAGGUAUUACUGUUGCUCCUCUUUGGGACUUUGGCAAGGGAAAGUUUACCGGAGUACUUAGCGCACUGGAUUUUAUUUUGAUUAUGAGAGAGCUUGGUGAUCGGGGGUCCAACCUGACUGAGGAAGAACUUGAAACUCAUACUAUAUCUGCUUGGAAACAAGCAAAAUUAUUUUUGAACAGACAAACUAAUGAGCAUCGCAGUGAGUUUCCUAGCCAACUUAUCCAGGCAGGGCCAGAUGAGAAUUUGAAAGAUGUUGCUUCGAAGAUUCUGCACACUGGUGUUGCUACAGUGCCCAUCAUUCACUCAUCUUCAGAGGAAGGCUUAUAUCCGCAGUUGUUGUACCUUGCAUCACUAUCUGAAAUACUCAAAUGUCUAUGCAGGUAUUUUAGGAAUUCUUCUGGAUUGUUGCCUAUUCUUCAGUUACCAAUAUGUGCAAUUCCAUUGGGCACUUGGGUCCCAAAAAUUGGAGAGCCUAAUCUACGACCAUUAGCAAUGUUGAGACCAAGUGCAUCCCUAAAUGCAGCAUUAAAUUUGUUAGUGCAAGCUCAAGUUAGUUCGAUCCCAAUAGUGGAUGACAAUGACUCGCUAUUGGAUGUUUACUCGCGGAGUGAUAUUACCUCUUUAGCGAAAGAUAAAGUUUAUACACACAUUAAUCUGCAAGAAAUGACCAUUCAUCAGGCUUUGCAGCUAGGACAAGAACCAUACUCUCCUUUUGGUAGCAGCAGCCAAAGAUGUCACAUGUGUUUGCGUUCUGAUUCACUACAUAAGGUGAUGGAACGCUUGGCAACACCAGGCGUGAGACGACUUAUCAUUGUGGAGGCUGGGAGCAAGCGUGUAGAAGGUAUCAUUUCACUGAGGGAUGUUGUCAGGUUCCUUGUUGGUUAAGAGGCUGCAGUUUGAGGAAAGCGCGGUGUUUCUGCUACAAUUCUUUCAAAGAUAUACAAUUGGAUAAUUUGGUUGGCCUCAUACUCGAUGAUCUGAUUUUUAGGAUACUAGGCUCAGAGAAGAGACUUGUAAAUUUAAGUAUCGGAGCUCAAUGGAACGUAUCGGUCUUUCUUUGCCUUUUUACCAAAUUUACUUGUGCCGAAAUUGUAAACUGCCUUUUUCGUAAAAGGUUUGUAACCUGUUUUACAUUUUCAAAGCAGCUACUCACAAGAUAGUAAAAUAAGGAAUGGGGAAUGACAAUGUUUAGAAUCA